AUGAUAACUUUAGCAACAUCCGCCCCACCAUCAGAUGAAGAGAAAAUUCAACGAGAAUUGCCGCAGGCACAAAACGCUACAAUUCCCCAAACCCGACCAGCAAUAUUGUCAGAAUUUACAGCAGCACUGAAUGACGAAGAGGAGUUUCAACUAGAACUCCAGCAAUCACAACCCCGUUCCAUUGCCUUGUCGUUUCCUGAGGGAGGUCUCAGUGCGUGGCUCGUCGUCUUCUCCGGCUUCUGCCUAAUCGCUGCCACAUUUGGACUCGGCAGCUGCAUCGGGCUCUUCCAGUCCUACUGGCAGUCGCACCAACUGUCAACCUACAGCUCUCGAGAUAUAGGAUGGAUAUCAUCAACCCAAAUCUUCCUAACUCUUUUUCUCGGUGUGCAGAUUGGUCCGCUUUUCGAUAGAUAUGGACCAAGAUGGUUGACGUUCGCAGGCUCUGUCGGGUGUGUUGCUUAUUUGCUGAUUUUGGGUGAAUGCACGAAAUAUUGGCAUUUUUUUCUCUGUUUUGGUGUUUUAGGUGGGAUUAGUUGCGCGAUACUUACAACUGUAGCCCUUUCAGUGGUAUCACAUUGGUUUGAGGCCAGGAGGGGACUGGCCACUGGGGUUGCCUUCAUGGGGACGAGUUUAGGAGGAAUAAUGUUCCCGCUAGCACUGAAUCCAAUCUUGGAGCGCUUGUCCUGGGCUUGGGCAAUGAGGUUGUUAAGUCUAAUUGUGUUUGUGUUUGUGGUGUUUGGAAAUAUUUUCAUUAAAGGUCGCCUACCAACAGGAAAACAAGGAGGCGUCAUCAGCUUGAAAUGCUUUCGGGACUUGAGAUUUGCCUGGGCAACUGUUGGAAUUGCGUGCUUCGAGUUUGUUCUCUACACUGCUAUUGGUCUUCUUCCAACUUUUGCCCUCGAACAGGGCUUCGGUCAUCAGGCGAGCUUUAACGCGAUUGCAGUCUUUAAUGCUGGCUCCGGACUGGGACGCUAUACCGCUGGGCUAGUCGCUGAUUAUUAUGGUCGGUUCAACUGCAUGGCACUGUUUGUUCUAAUCUCCAUAUUUGCAACAUUCGCGCUCUGGUUACCAGUUGGACAUAACGUAGCUCUGUUCUACGUCAUGGUUUCCAUUUUUGGGUUUGGUUCUGGCAGUGUAAUUAGUUUGGCUCCGGUGUGUAUUGGAGACCUUUGCAAAGUGAGCGAGUAUGGUCAGUGGUAUGGCACAAGCUAUAGUGCAGUGGCUUUUGCCACUUUAAUUUCUAUUCCUAUUGCAGCAGAACUGCAGUCAGCUGCAGGAACGACUGCAUACGUUGCUUUCUCAGGCGGAAUUCUGGUCCUGGCACUUCUCUCCAUUUUAAUAGCGAGAUGGGCAUGCCUUGACUAUAAAUGGAUAUGGAAAGCAAAGAUUUAA